AGCAAGUAAACAGCGUUACGGAAGCGCAUGCCAUUCUGCGUUCUCCGCGACUUCGUGCUCGUAUUCAGAUGUUAUCGAGAAAUCUUGUAUUCAUUAAAUUAAUGGUCGAAACUACAGCCGAAAAGGAGUGCAGAGGUAAUCAAAGCUUGUCUUUAAGUUGAACUUUAUGAUCAGUGUAACAUCAGGCAAAUGCGAAUCAGUCUGCCUGACAUUAAGAUUCAAAGCUAGUGCCAGCAGGGUGGAACCACUUUUGUCCAGUUAAAUAAGAGUUAUGACUGCAGUGUACGACAAUGACUCCUUCUUUGACUCGGACGGGGAACAUGACAGCCGCAAAGCUGACAGUCCAUACUUGAAAGGAGCUUACGACCGUGGCAGCAGCCCCCCCACGGAAGUUGGCACGCAGCGAGGUGCCAAAAACAAAUCCCUGACGCCUUCGACCUCCGGCAACUUCUCAGCCAAGUCAUCCGACUCUAUCAUGUCUGAGAAAAGUGGGGCCAAGUCGCACAGGUACGGCCACUCCCCAUCGCCACCGCGGUCGCCGUCCCCGUACAGGAGCCCCUACACACAGUCCCCAGCCUACUCAGACUCCUUCAAUUCAGAGGACUCAGAGCAGGAUUCUCGCAAUGCCUCGCCUGAGAGGGCAAGGCAGGUGUCAAGCAAGAAGCCUCAACAUACCGGGAGAGCCCGAGGAGGAUACAGCAGUACCUCCUCCAACCGAUUCAACAGUGGGACAAGCCAAGAUAGCCGAGCGACAUACAAGAGCUCAAAUUAUGGCAAGACCAUCAACCGAACAAAGAAAGCUUUUCAGAAAACACCACUCAAGAAGUCAGUGGCCGCCGCUAACACCAAACGUUCCAACAGCAUUGCCAGCAGCCAGGCCUCGCCACGCAACACCAACGAGGUGACCCGCCGCAUGCUGUCGGCCAAGGGCCACACCAUCAGCCGGCUGCGCAAUGAGUUUAACCAGCUGCAGAAGGAGCACGAUGAGACGGUGCGAGAGAACAAGUUGCUGAAGGAGCUGCAGCGACGGCAGGAGCGGGCCUUGGCCAAGUUUGACAGCGAGGAGAGCGAACUGCCGCAGCUGCUCAAGAAGCACAGUGCCGAGCUGGACAGCAUGCGUCGACGGAUACGGAAGUAUCAGGAGCGCGACAGAGACAGAGAGCGCCGCCUGAAGGACAAAGACGAACAGUACCUCCGCGCUGAAGAUGAGCUGAAGCAUAUCCGGGCCCUUGCCGAAGACAAGGGCCUCCUGGAGCGGCAUGAGCUGCAGAGGAAGCUGGACCGGCUCCGGGGCAAGCUGGAGGCUCGUGACAAGAAGCUGGGCGAGAUGGAGCGCUACGUUGAGCACCUCAAGAAGAACCAGCGUCAUGAGCUGCACGAGAGACAGGGCCGGGAGGAGGAACUGAAGGGGCAGGUGGCAAGCCUGGAGAUGGAGAACGAACGACUGCAGAACCAACUCAGGGAAAAGGAGAAAGAGCUGGAAGUACGUAAUAUUUACAGCAACCGCCUAAUCAAGCCACCAGGCAAACUCCGACAUAACCUCUCCCCUACUGGCCUCAAGCCAGUCAUGCUGAGCAAGGCCACCUCAACAGACGACCAGUCCAAGCACCCACGCCCACCCCCGACUGAGAGGCAGCAACGGGAGUGGUCAGCUGAGGAAGUCAGGAGGCGAGAGGAACUGACCACCAGGGUCAAGUCCCCGAAGGAUGCCACGCCGAAGACAGAGCACAAGGUGGAACCCGAGAAGCCAAAACAGAAAGAACCAAAAUCUGAGGAACCUAGCGAGGAACCAAACAAGGAACUCUCAGAGCACGAGAAGAUCCUGCGUGAUCUGGACAUGGGAUGGGGGAGGCGGGACGGUGGUGAAGAAAGGCAGAGGCAGGAGGAGGGAAGACGGAGACAAUUGGAGGAGGAAGAACGUCGGAAGAAAGAAGAGGUACGGCAGAAAGAGCUGGAGGAGAGACUCCGACGGGAGGAAGAUGAAAGACGGAGGAGACGGGCGGAAGAAGAAGCAGCGGCAAGGAAGAAACUGGAAGAGGAAGAAAAGCCUUCCGUGUACAAAAGACCCAGUUUCUUUGGUUCCAAGCAAGAUGCCUCUAGCUCCCAGUACAAACCCAGUUUCCUGGACUCAAGUCCAUCCACAAACUCUAAACUCUCAUUCAAACGAGACGACGACUCAUCCAGUUACAAACCCAGUUUUUUUAAUACUUUGACAAAACCUGAGCAUCCACAAUCAAAUCAGAACGUAACCAGUGCAACUCAAAACCCUCAAGAAAUGACACCAAGUUCUGUCAGUGCAAAUCCAAAAGCAAAGUCCCAUAUUCUUGACGACGACGAUGACUUCUUUGAGACCCAGCCCCCAUCAACAAACCUUCCAGCGUGGUUAAGGGACAGUUCCAACACCACAGAAGUGGAGAGGGAAAAGAAGAAGAAAGAAGUCCUUGAAGAAGCCAGUUACUCCCCCGAUUUUGACAACUCGCCCAACGACAACGACAGUGAGGAGAACAUCCCCUUCUUUGGGUCCAAACCAACCGGAGUGCAGAAACCGCCUGUGGCCAAGACCCCACCAUAUGCCGUUAACAGUGUACGGGAUUUGCAUCGGUAUUCCCGCGGUGACAACAACAGCAACAUCCCCAAACAGGGCAUAGACGAAGGGGGCCAGAUUGACCUGAACCAAGCUAACACAGCUGAUCAGGAGAAGGAGGCUGAACGUGUAGCUGAGGAGCGUCGCAAGAAGGACCUGCUCCUGGCCAAGAUGCGAGAGAUUGAUGAUGGCAGGAAGCCUGACUCCGGCCGAAGCCACAAGAGCUACAACUUCACCAAGCCAGUGGAGAAUCUCCACAAUGGAGUCCCCUCCCACCCGGAGGAGACUGGGCCGGCAAAGGGAAAGAAGGAUGAUGCCCUGUUGUUUGGAAGCUACGCGCCGACCUUCACGAGCGGCAAAGUGGCACAGAAACCCAAGAAGAAGUCAUUCUUUGACGAUGAUGACGAUAGUGACAGUGAUCUGUUCUCCAAACGGAAACCGGCCACCUCACCGCAGGGCGAUAAAAAAUCCAACCUCAUGGCUGAUCUCUUUGGCAACAGCGCCAGCGAGGAGAAGGUGACCAAGUCCUCAUUUGGCGAGGACAAGAACGUCUUCACGUCCUCCACCAAAGCCAAGCCCCUCUCCUACCCUUGGGAGAAAAAGGUGGAUGUUGUAGGGGGGACAAACGCAGCAAGCCCAGGAGCUGCAAACAGCUCUAAAGACAAGGGUCCCUCAGCCUCUAAAGCCGUCAUGAACAUGUCACACGACAGCCUCGAUGAUAUUGACGACAUAGAGGAAGUGGUUCUCUGAAAGUCUCAUGUUUGUGUAUUCUUUCAAGUUUUUGGAUGUACAAACCUUGUACAAAUGCUGUUAUUUAUGAAUAUAUUUUAUUCAAAUAUAUCUGUAAACAUGUAAAAAUAAAAAAUAUAUAAAGGUUAAAAAGCAUUUCAUCAUGAACAGAACAAAUUUCUCUGUAGCAUACAUUUUUUAUUCGCAAUCAUGUUUUGCAGUUGCUUCAUCCUUUAACAUUUCUGAAGAAGUACAUAAUUAUGUAUAAUGCCUCAUGCAGGUAAUUCCAAUUUGAGUCAACUGAUUGUUCAAGAGCUUACAGUGUAGGUGUCCGGAAAUAGCUGAUAUCCUCAUUGCAGAUGUACAGACUGGCAAAGUGUACAUUUUUGGAUGCAUUUUUUAAAAGGGGUCAAUUGCCUCUUUAUUACUGGCCAUUUUUAGCAAACCGUUCACGCUGCAGGUUUCCUGCCAUGCUUUGAAUCUUCUGAAAUGGCCUUUGUUGACGAGCUCUAGUAACACCAGCAGAGCCAAACUUGUCUUUUUUGUUUUCCAUGUGGAUUCCAACUGACCCUUGUUUGUCAUUUUGUUCAUUUGUAAUCUUAUAUGUUUGAAUAUUCCAUUCUAGAGCACAUCAAAGAACAAAGCACUUCUGAAGUAUGAAGUCCUAGCUCACCCAGAAUAAUGUAUCAACAUUCAGGGAACUGAACUACGAAGGGUUUGGAAUGAUCUUCCUUCAAUGUUUGGUGAAAAUGUGGCAAAUUUGACCCAUUUUUGAACUUUUUGAUGGGCAGUGCUGCAUUGUUCUUCCUUUAUUGUGAGAUUUUCGUUUAAUUUCGAGCUCUCUUUUCAUUUUUUGACCCAGAACUACUGGAAUAGUACCCCUUCCCAAAUGUGCAUUGUGCUUGAACUUUGGUUUGUUAACUAUAUACGUUGUGCCAUUUGGUGUUUCCUAGAUUUGUCUCCAUCCAGGAUGUUGGUGUUUUGUUUCGCACUUUGAAAGCACCUGAUGAGGUACAUGCAUGCUUGGCUUCAGCCAUGCACAUUUUAUGCAUGUUAUAUGAAAAAAAGUGUUACCUUUCAUAGUACUCCAAAGAUGGAUUUUCAAAGAAUUUCUUUGCAAGCUGUUUCCCUAGAUGGUGUUUAGCAGAAUGCAUACCGUGCACGAUAUGGGGCCGAUGGGUAACCCCCCCCCAUGUCCAAUCCCUAUACACACUCUAGACAAUUGUUGCCUAACACAUCUUCCCUAGAAGUCUGUAAAGAAUUCCUGAGAUUCCGUUCAAACCAUGACCAACACAAAGGCGGGGGGGGGGGUUUCUCUCCACCCCAUAUCUUGCUUCAUAUGGCAGAAUGAGAAGAAUUAUUCAUUGGAAUUAUAAUACAUGUAGUUCUGUGUAGUGUUGCCAUGGCAACGAAUGGGCUUCUUUUUAGAAUUUCGCUGUUGCACAUGUGUGCUGUCCAGUUGUGUUUUGAAAUCGAUGCCCACCAGCGAAGGUAGAGCUUUACUCAAAACUAUUAGCGGACUUCGGAACGGAACUGUGAAUCAUUCAAGAAGCGGACUUCCCAUUCAGACAAAGCCCACUGUGUUUGUACAAAUACUCAGCCCAAACACAAGUGUCA